AUGGCUGCAAACACGACGCUCAAGCGUAUAACCAAAGAAGCAGCCGAGCUGCAAAAAUCACCAUCACCCGACUUUGCCGCUUCUCCCAUCGCAUCCGACCUGUUCGAAUGGCACUUCACACUUCGCGGCCCACCUUCGAGUCCCUACGCCUCGGGACAGUAUCACGGUCGCAUCUCACUCCCGCCCACAUAUCCGUACCGCCCACCUUCUUUUCGCUUCUUGACCCCGAGCGGACGCUUUGAGACUAACAGAGAGAUAUGCUUGAGUAUAUCAGGUCAUCAUGAGGAGACAUGGCAGCCGGCAUGGGGAAUCCGUACCGCUCUCGUCGCCUUGAGGAGCUUCAUGGAGACGGACGUCAAGGGCCAACUCGGUGGCAUGGAGUGCUCCGAGGAAAGGCGGAAGACCAUGGCCGAAGAGAGCUGUCGUUGGAGGUGCGGCGUCUGUGGCAUGUCCAACGCAGAGAUCAUGGCCGACGCCGCGGAUCGUUGCAAAGACGCGCCGCAGGCUAAGCAGGAUGUUGUGCCAAACGAGCUGAAGAUGGGCUUCAGAGAUGAAUUGGAGAAGCCGAAACAACAACAGAAGCAGCAGCAGCAAGAGGAAGAGGAGAGGGAGAUGGCUGAAAUGGCGGAAGGGUUCGUCCAGACGGCACCACCUGUGGACCGCUCGCAAGCAGAGGCGCAGGCGCAACCAUUAACCAGGAACUAUGAGAGCAGACCAAUUCAAGCAGCAUCGCAACCAAUACCCGCACAGCCUACAGCAACACAAGCGGUGCCUGUGCCAGAGCAGCCGACGGGCCAGGUUGCAGGCUGGAGGAAUGACAAUGGCGUACCCGUUUGGCUGGAUCGCCUCAUUGUUGCACUCGUGGUCUUUCUGGUCGCGUUGCUCAUGAGGAUCAUGUACGUGGGCGUGUAG